CACCAGGUCAGGGAGGAGAGACAGAGAGGGACAGAGAGAGACCAUAUACUGGCUUCUCAAGCCAGGUCAGCUACUCCACCGCAAUGGCAUCCUCCACUCAGAAGUCAGGACCAGUCAGCAAUGCCACCACACAAGAACAGUUACUGAAAGAAGAAGAGAUGUUAGAAAAAGUUCAAGAUUUUGCUAAAGUGUUACGAAGCUGGGAACGUGGCAAAGCUAUGUGCCUGCAGCUGGCAAAACAGGAAGAAAGGUGUUUUGCAAAGAGUAGAAAGAGGCAGCAGGGAGAAAUGAAAGAAGAGCUGCACUAUGCUAAUAAACAACUGGUGAUGAUUCGGCGAGCAGCCUUACGGCAUCUCCUAAGUACUGAGCACCUGAAGUACCAGCUGGAAUUGAACCACUUGGGCAAGUCAUUCUAUGCAGAGCGGCUGUGAGCACUCAACUUAGACAUGCCUAGAAGUCCAGACCAUAACUAGUACAGCUGUGUUUAUACAAUACUAUAUGCCUUCUUAUAUAUCAAAUGCAAAU